AGGGUGUGGGAGGUGAGGCCGGCUGCGGGCGGCGCCGGCUCCAGGCUCCUCCUCCUGGCGGUCCAGCCUUUACCCCCACCCUCCACCCUCCUCGGCUCGGAGCUGCAAAUCCUAGGCUUCCCCAGCAACCUGGGAGCGGCAUCGGGCACAGUGAAGGCAGUAGGGGGAGCGCAGCCGGGCGGCCGCGCUGAUUCCUUGGGCAUUAGUGGUGGCAUUAGAUUAGCCCCUGAGGCAUCGCGGAGCCCGGCACGCCCCAGCGGGGGCUAGAGAAGGGAAGCCGGGGCUGUAGCUGGGCGGGGGGGAGGAAAGUGAGCUUGUCUGAGUGCGUGUGUGCGAGAGUGUGGGGGGCGACAGGUUCAAUUUAGGGCGGCAGAGAGGGCAGGGGAACCGGGGUGCGGCCCCCGAGGGUCUCCCGCCGCGGCGACCGCUUCCCCGCGCCCCUCACCAUGGACUUGCGCAGAGUUGGGAUGCGCCUCCACCGCAGCGCGCGGAUGGCUGCCCGGCCCUGGGGGUGCGCGGGCGCGCGCGCGGGAAUGGCGAGGUAGGAUGGCGGUCCAGCGCGACCCCUGCCGCCCCAACCCAGAGGCCCCCGGGCAGUGCAGCUGACUCGCUGGAGCGCUUAGGGGUGUGGGCGGAGGCCGCCCCGCAGCUCCAGCGUCUUCAGGAGUCGCUUCGCCUCUUCCACCCACUCGCACCUGCCACCGUGCGGAUACCAUGUCGAAGGCGGCAGGAGGUGCAUCGGCGGCGGCGGCGGAAAGUUGUCCCCCAACCUCUGCCGGCCAGUCUGCGGCCGCCGCCGUGGAGGACCUAUCCAAAGUGUCGGACGAGGAGCUGCUGCAGUGGAGCAAGGAGGAGCUGAUCCGCUGCCUGCGGCGCGCAGAGGCCGAGAAGGUGAGCGCGAUGCUGGACCACAGCAACCUCAUCCGCGAGGUGAAUCGCCGCCUGCAGCUGCACCUCGGCGAGAUCCGCGGGCUCAAGGAUAUUAACCAGAAACUCCAGGAGGACAACCAGGAACUGAGGGACCUCUGCUGUUUCCUGGAUGAUGACCGGCAGAAGGGCAAGAGGGUGUCUCGGGAGUGGCAGAGACUGGGCCGCUACACGGCUGGGGUGAUGCACAAGGAAGUGGCCUUAUAUUUGCAGAAGCUGAAGGAGCUGGAGGUGAAGCAGGAGGAAGUGGUGAAGGAGAACAUGGAGCUCAAGGAGCUGUGUGUGCUGCUGGAUGAGGAGAAGGGUGCGGGCUGCGCGGGCAGCCGCUGCUCCAUCGAUAGCCAGGCCAGCCUGUGCCAGCUCACUGCCACUUCGGCGCCCUAUGUGCGGGAUGUGGGCGAUGGCAGCAGCACCUCCAGCACGGGCAGCACCGACAGCCCCGAUCACAAACACCAUGCCAGCGGAGGCAGCCCUGAGCACCUGCAGAAACCCCGGGGCGAGGGCAGCCCGGAGCACUCUAAGCACAGGAGCACCAGCCCCGAGCAUCUGCAGAAACCCCGGGCCCCAGGGACCCCAGAUCACCCCAAAGCACUCAAAGGACCCAGCCCCGAGCACCACAAACCCUUGUGCAAGGGCAGCCCGGAACAGCAAAGGCAUCCCCACGCGGGGAGCAGCCCUGAAACCCUGCCGAAGCACGUGCUAAGUGGGAGCCCCGAGCACUUCCAGAAGCACAGGCCCGGAGGCAGCCCCGAGCAUGCCAGGCAUAGCGGAGGGAGCCCUGAGCAUCUUCAGAAACACGCCCUCGGUGGAAGCCUGGAGCAUCUACCCAGAGCCAGGGGCACCAGCCCGGAGCACCUCAAACAGCAUUAUGGGGGAAGCCCGGAUCACAAACACGUGGGCGGAGGUGGCGGCGGCAGCGGCGGAGGCAGCAGGGAGGGCACCCUUCGAAGGCAGGCGCAAGAGGAUGUGUCACCCCAUCACCGGAAUGUCUACAGUGGCAUGAACGAAUCAACCUUGUCCUAUGUUAGGCAGCUGGAGGCAAGAGUCAGACAGCUGGAGGAAGAAAAUCGCAUGCUGCCCCAGGUUGUAUGGAGGAAACUUGGAGAUGCUGCAGGUUCGUGUCCUGGAAUUAGGCAACAUUUGUCUGGGAACCAGUACAAAGGACCAAUGUGAGAAGCACUCUCUUUCGAACAUGACAUCACCACUGCCAGAGAGAUAAAAGAGAAGAGUGAUUUUCAUGAUCUUGGAGUAACAGAGUGAUUGUACAUUGCACAUAUUUUCCCUCUAAGACAUUUAGUAUAACUGAAGCUGUAUUUUAUGUCUCUCACUUAGAUGUUCACAACAGUCAGUCUCAAGGUAGUUUGGAAAAUCACCAUUUUGGUACCAAUAUUUUCAUUAGAACUGAAACAUUUUUGACUCUUCGGAUCUAAGAUCAUAAUUGGGAAAUCUGCAUGAUUGGAAGAGUCCAGUAGAGCCUCAGUGGUUUUGAUAGAAUUGAAUCAUUGCAUAUAAUGGUGGGAGUGUUCUGCCAUGUGGUUCAAGAUAAAAGCUGAUUUCCAGCUUCCCACGUUGGGAGUUGGUGACCUAGUUCUUAUAUUUUAGUCAAUAAGACACUAGUUCCUGAUGCAUUAUUAAUUUGGAUGCAAGAUAAGGUUAGGUUUCUGGGAUUUUGUUUUGACUUUUGAGGUGCUAAAAAUAACAUAUAAAUUUUCCUUACCAGCUAGAAAGGUAGCAAGACUUUGUAGAGUGCUUAUCAGAGAGUACCAUUUAUUUCAGUUGAUCAAAAUAAAUAUAUCUGUUCUUUUCACCUUGAUGUAUUGUUCAUGAAGACACAUUUUGGGGACAUAUCAACCUCCAUCUUCAUUCAGUGUAUUCAUUGAUGUUACUAUUAACAAUUUCAAGCAAACAUAAUUUUUCUAAGUGUUUCCAGCUGUGAGAUGUCACUUUCUACAGUUUAGUUUCUAGACAUGCUGUUAUAUUUAAUAAACUUUCUGUAAACUUUAAAAUAUUGCACUGCAUUUAUGAAAAAAGCUUUCUUUGCCUACAGCAGCUAUCUAACAUUUUAUGAAACUGACGCAUGUCCUUCAUUAUUGAAGCUAAAAGCUCUUGUUCAGAUUGCUUGAGGUUUGGAAAGGAGGUGUGCUAGCUUUGCUUAGUUUUCAUUUUUGGUUAUAUAUAUAUAUAUAAUAAUAGACUGUGUGUAUUGGAAAUGCUAUGAUAGGUAUUUUGUGUUUAUCCAAAUGCAAUGAUAGUUUCUUGUAUGAAUGUGCAAGAGGCCUGUGACAGAAUGCUAAGUUUUUAUUGUAGUUUAAGAUUAUAAAAGUAGGAAUGCAACAAUUCCAAGUUUUCAGAUUUCCCCUAAAUUACUCAGAUUUGAUUCAUAGCAGGUAUUCUGUUGUUGCUCUUGUUUUUAAAUGGGAUCAUUACACAUGUAUUAGUUGUUAUUGGUGAAGGAAUGUGAAGGAGUUUCAUUAUUUUUUUAACGUUAUUGUGAUGAAAAAGCAGCCCUCUAUUUUCAAAAUAUUUAUGAAUUAAUUUGCUAUAGAAUUAUCUCUCUAAUUAUCAUAAUUGGGUUACCAUUUAAGUUUUUCUUUUAAAAUGUUUUAAUUAUAUUAUUACUCUAUAAAAGAAAAUUGCUUGCUAUAUUUACACUUUCUCUUGAAAAGCUUUCACCCUUAAAUUGUUGUAUUCCUACACUCUGAAGACAUUUAAAACAAGUUUUUGUGGCUGCAGUAGAGCCUGCUGAAGCUAAUACAAGGAACACUGGUCUUUUGACAAAAUACUUGUGUAAAUUUUGAUACUGUAUUAAAACUAUUUUUUUAAAGUUCUGCAUAAAAUUGAGUAUCAAGUAUAUGUGUUCAUCUUAGCAAUGGUAAUAAAUUAUUUAAUCUCAA